AUGGGGAAGAAAAGGGGAAGUAGGGAGGUGGGGAAAGGUAGAAGGAGGGACAAGAGAGGUGGCGAGUUGCGGAAGGAAGAGAAGGGAAGAAGUGGUAGCGGGUUGGAUGGUGGACAAGGGAAGAAAAAGAAGAAUGGGUGGUGGAUAGCACUUCGAAUUCCAAUUCCCAGUUUUUUUGGGUCUCUCAGAAGUCUGAGGUACCUGAAUUUAUCUGGAGCUGGAUUUCAAGGAAUGGUUCCCUAUCAGCUUGGAAACCUGUCAAGUUUACGCACUUUAAGCAUAGGAGGAGAUCCGUCCGAUCUUCAAGUUGAUAACCUGCAAUGGUUGGCUGGUCUCUCUAAUCUGGAGCACCUAGACAUGAGUGGCGUGAACCUUAGUCUAGCGUCUAAUUGGCUAGAGGUGAUUAACACGAUCCCUUCUUUGGUAGAGAUAUAUCUGUCCUAUUGUCAGCUUCAUUUAAUUUCUCAUCAUCUUGGCAGAGAUACAUUGGUCUUCCAUGCCAACUUUUCUUCUCUUACUGUCCUAGAUCUUUCUGGAAAUUUUCUUGGAUACCCUAGAUGGAUUUUCGGUCUUACUACCCUUGCUUCCCUUGAUUUAAGUCUGACCUUGUUUGAAGGUCCAUUGCCUAGAGGUCCUUGGAACUUGACUUCCCUCCAGCACUUGGAUCUUUCAACGAACCAUCUGAAUGGUUCGCUACCAAACGAGCUUGUUCAUCUUAACAAUCUCAUUUCUCUCAACCUUUGGGAGAAUGAUUUCGACGGCUUCUUGGAAGGAAUUUGGAAUUGGAGCUCCCUUACAUCUUUGGAUCUGUCAGAUAAUAACUUCGCUACCUUCCUCCCAAGCCAAUUAUCGACUUUAACUGCCCUAAUUUCACUUGAUCUUACAAACAAUCAGUUUCGAGGUUCUAUCCCAAGCUCUAUUGCCAACAUUUCCAACCUUCAAUAUCUUGAUCUAUCUAAUAACACUCUUAGCUCCUCUUUACCAAGUGAAGUAUUCACAUUGAAGGACUUGAUUAGACUUGAUGCAACAGAUAAUCACUUGAACGGCCCAAUUCCAAGUACAGUUGGCAACUGUACCAAGCUAAAAUACCUUUUGCUAAAUAGUAAUGCUCUAUCUGGCUCAAUUCCAUCAAAUUUAGGAAGAUAUACCAAGCUAGAAUACCUUCGGCUAAAUGAUAAUGCUCUAUCUGGCUCAAUUCCAUCAAAUUUAGGAAGAUGUACCGAGCUCAAAGAACUUUUGCUAAAUGAUAAUGCUCUAUCUGGUUCAAUUCCAUCAAGUUUAGGAAAACUGUCAUCCUUGGAGCUCUUGGAUGCAUCUCGCAACAAACUCACUGGAACUCUUCCUGAAAGUCUUUGGCAGCUUCCCAAACUUGAAGAGCUUCGUAUUCACGACAAUUUAAUGGAAGGCAUUGUGAGCGAUAGUCACUUCGACAAUCUGACAGCUUUAAGGCAUUUUAAUCCAUGUUUUCAAACUCGGACCGGACCGGCCGGUUGGACCGGUUGA